AUGAUUGAUUGGGUGGAAGAUGAAGCAGAGGCAGGUGUCGGCUAUAUAGUUGAUGAAGCAGAAACGGUUGUCGACGAUGGGGUUUAUUAUGUAGUUAAAGAAGCAGACGCGGAUGUCGACGGUUUGAUUGAUGAUGCUGCUGGUGACGCAAAGACGAUUGUCGAUGCUUAUGGUACCAGCAUGGGUGCAAGUGUGGGUGCCGGCAUUGGUACAGCUAUUGGCGGUCCCAUAGGGAUGGCUGUGGGUGCGGGUAUAGGUUACGAAGUUGGUAAGUUAGUUGAUGAUGCGGGUGACGACGCGAUUAAUGAAGCGGAUACUGAAGCAAAGUCACUUGUCGAUGAUGAAGCUCAAACUGUGGAAGGCGAAUUGGAAUAG